AUGGAUACUUUGAGAUUUUAUUUCGUGACUUGGAAUGUUGCAACUAGGUCUCCAGGUCAAGACCUAAACUCAUUACUGGAUUUUCCAUCUCAGUUUAACAAAAAUAAACCCUUACCUGAUUUUUAUGUUAUUGGGCUGCAAGAAGUUAAAUCACAACCUCAAAACAUGCUAAUGGACAGUUUAUUUACUGACCAAUGGACUUCCAUGUUCAAUAAAAUUCUGUGUAGGCAGGGAUUCAUUGUCGCCAAGAGUAUAAGAUUACAAGGCAUCAUUCUUCUUGUCUAUACUCAAAUGAAACAUAUUACACACCUUAGAGAUAUAGAGGCACAGUAUACAAAAACUGGGCUAGGUGGUUUGUGGGGUAACAAAGGAGCUGUGAGCGUCAGAUUCAACAUUUACGGUUGUUCGGUGUGCCUUGUGAACUGUCAUUUGACCGCCCAUGAGCAUUUACUCGCGGAUCGCAUCAACGACUACAACACAAUAAUUAAGGACCACUCGUAUCAUACCGGCGAGACCUCCAAUAUACUUUAUCAUGACUACGUAUUCUGGAUCGGUGAUCUCAAUUUUCGAACCGACCACCCGGCGGGUAGCAGUCCUACCUCAGAAGAAAUUGUAGCGACUUUACAGAAAGUGGAAAAAGACAAAUAUACAGCUCUUCUGAAACAUGACCAGUUAUUAGCUGUGAUGGACAGUGGGGAAGCGUUCUCGGAAUUUAUGGAGCCAGAAAUAAGAUUUCCACCCACAUACAAGUUUUUGAUGGGCACAGAUGAUUAUGAUCUAAAACGGAAACCAUCGUGGACAGACAGAGUAUUGUACAAAGUGAUAGCUAAUAAUUAUGAAAAUAUCACACUGAGGGCGGACCUCAUAUCAUAUAAUCAUAUGGCUCACUACAUGGUCAGUGACCAUAAACCGGUGGUCGCACAAUUUAAUAUAAAGAUACGUCAAAGUCCACCGAUAGAACCGCCUAAAAUCAAGAAAUCACAGAUACGCAUGCGCUCAGCGAUAAUCCAACCAGAGGAGCCUGAGCCUAUUAUGGCGAGCACGUCCAUAGUAACUAAUGUAGAUACAAAUGAGAAUGAAGAGGCAUUUGCUAAUUAUACAGUGAAGACAGUGGAAUUUGCGCCAAUAUCACGCAUAUGGUACAUCGGCGAUGCGGACUUUAGGACACAAUGCACACUUUCACCAGAUGUUGAAGUAAAUCCAAACGAUUGGAUUGGGAUUUAUGAUGCAAACUUCCACAAUCUAGACGACUAUAUAGCAUACGAGUAUCUUGCCAAAGUGAGUCUACAACCGGCAGUGGGUCCGGGCCAGCCUCGAACUAUAACUUUAAGUUUUCCAGUGGGCAGCGGUGUGAGGAAUCCGGGUUUUUACCGGUUUAUAUACUUCAGUCAGCCGAAUACUGACGUCAGAAGUGUUUUGGGUAUAUCAGAACCGUUCGAAGUAAGCAGCAAAGAGGACAGGUUAGUAUCAAUCGACCCUUGUAUGGAAGCGUCUACCAGCGCGUCCCCCGGUAGGUCCAAACCAACAACUACGACAGACAUAUUUACAGAUUUCACCGGCCUCGAUGUGGCUAAACUGUCCCGCCAUUUCUCUAACGAUUUGAGUAUUGAC